GUUGGAUUGAAAAGCCCGCAUUUGUAAUCUCCUCCUCUGAUUUUCCGUCUAAAUCUCUAAACCCUGAUUUCAUCAUUGUUGUGUUGUACCCCAGUCCAUUUUCAUUGCUUGUUUAGCUUCUUCUUUGUGUUUAGCUGCCUGCAUUCUGCAGCAACUGGGUGACCUUUUAGUUUUUGCAAGCCGGGUCAAUGAAUGGGUGCCCUAGUAGUGUGUAUAGGUAAUAAUAAUAUGUUUGUUAGUCUAAAAUUGGGAUGAGCGUGGCUGCUUAUUAUCCUCUCAAACUCGAAUGACUCUAUGAUCCCAUUUCCAUAUUCAGUUUCACCAUUAUCAUUCGCCAAUCUUUAUCCCCAAACAUUGUUAGCAAUGGAUGUGAGGAGACUGGCGGCUGUCAUUAAACCCAUCUAUAUCUACACCCCAAUCACACGCCCCUUGACCUGCGUGACUUCCUCGUCUCCUAUUCCUUCUCCAGCUGCCCCACAAAUCGAUCCUCAACGGCAGCCUUCUUCUCCGCCUCCCGUGAACCAGAGUUUGCUCGAUGCUCUAUCUUCUAUUCUCUCUAAGCCUUCCCUUGAUUCUUCCAAAUCCAAACAGCUCCUUCCUCUUUUGUCCCCUGCCGAUUUUGAUCGAUUUUUCAUCGCUCUUUCGCCUCGUGCCGAUCCCAAAACCACUCUUAACUUUUUUCACCUUGCUUCCCGUUCUUUUAACUUCCGUUUUACGCUUCGAUCCUACUGUAUUUUGAUUCUUUUGCUUCUUCUUUCAAAUAAUUCUUCCGCUGCUAGGUUGCUUUUGAUUCGUUUGAUUGAUGGGAAGCUGCCACUUUUCUCUCCUAACAGUCCUCCUAGCGUUAAUCACAUUCAGAUUGCUAUUGCAUUGGCGGAUUUGAAUACCUCUUUUAAGGGGGUUGCGGGGGUUGAUUUGUUGCUGCAUAUCUAUUGCACCCAGUUCAAGAAUGUGGGUUUUACUUACGCUACUGAUGUCUUUUUCACACUGGCCGACAAGGGUAUAUUUCCUUCUACCAAGACUUGCAAUUUUUUCUUGAAUUCUUUACUUAAGGCUAAUGAAGUGCAAAAGACGUACCAAGUAUUUGAAACUUUGUCUCGUUUUGUCUCCCUUGAUGUCUACUUGUGUACUACAAUGAUUAAUGGAUUUUGCAAGGGUGGGAGAAUUCAGGACGCCAUGGCUCUGUUCUCUAGAAUGGAAAACUUGGGUAUCUCUCCAAAUGUAGUUACUUAUAAUAAUAUUAUCCACGGAUUAUGCAAGAGUGGCAGACUGGAUGAGGCAUUUCAGAUUAAGCAAAACAUGAUAAAACAGGGUGUUGACCCCAGCCUCAUUACAUAUAGUGUUCUUAUCAAUGGUUUGAUUAAAUUGGAUAAAUUUGAGGAAGCCAAUUCAGUUUUGAAGGAAAUGUCUGAUAAGGGCUUUGCCCCAAAUGAGUUUGUAUAUAAUACAUUAAUUGCUGGCUACUGCAAAAUGGAAAAUAUUGAUGAGGCACUUAGGAUAAAGCAUCAAAUGUUAUCCAAUGGGAUGAAGCCCAACUCUGUCACAUUCAAUUUGCUUAUGCAGGGAUUUUGCAGGGUUGGCCAAAUGGAGCAUGCUGAGCAUCUUUUAGGGGAAAUGUUAUCUAGAGGGUUAUUUAUAAACAUUGGCACCUUUAGUUCUGUAAUUCGAUGGUUAUGCUUGCAGUCUAGGUUUGAUUCUGCUCUACAUCUUACGAAAGAAAUGUUGUUGAGAAAUUUAAGGCCCAAUGAUGGGUUGAUGACAAUGUUGGUUGGUGGACUUUGCAAGGAACGAAAGCAUUAUGAAGCCAUUGAGCUUUGGUAUAAGCUAUUCGAAAAAGGAUUUCCUGCUAACAUUGUAACGUCCAAUGCUUUAAUUCAUGGUUUAUGUGAAGCAGGUAAGGUACAAGAGGUUAUUAGGCUUCUAAAGGAGAUGUUGCAGAGGGGUUUGAUAUUUGAUAGGGUCUCAUACAAUACACUCAUUUUGGGAUGUUGCAAAGAGGGGAAAGUGGAAGAAGCUUUUAGAUUAAAGGAAGAAAUGUUUAAGCGUGGAAUUCAGCCUGAUAUUUACACUUACAAUUUGCUUAUACUCGGCAUUUCGAAUAUGGGGAAAAUGGAAGAUGCUGUCAAGGUUUGGGAUGAAAGCAAAUGCCAUGGUCUGAUUUCCAAUGUUUAUACGUAUGCCAUCUUGAUAGAUGGAUACUGUAAUGUUGAUCAAAUUGAAGAGGGUCAAAACUUGUUGGAUGAAGUGGCUACUACCAAACUGGGGCUCAACGCUGUUAUUUACAACACUCUGAUUGGAGCUUAUUGUAAAAAAGGGAAUAUGAAGAUGGCCUUUCAACUUCGUGAUGACAUGAAAAGCAAGGGCAUCCUACCAACUAUUGGCACAUAUUCUUCUCUAAUACAUGGAAUGUGCAACAUAAGUCUUCCUGACGAUGCAAGGCGACUUCUUGUGGAAAUGAGAGGUCUGGGCUUGUUGCCAAAUGUUGUCUGUUAUACAGCACUAAUUGGAGGUUAUUCUAAGUUAGGCCAGAUGGAUACAGUUGCGAGUCUUUUACAAGAAAUGUCUUCGUAUGAUAUACAACCAAAUAAAAUUACCUAUACCAUUAUGAUCAAUGGAUACUGCAAAUUGGGUAAAAUGAAAGAGGCAGCAAAACUUCUCACAGAGAUGAUUAAACGUGGAAUUGCCCCUGAUGCCGUUACUUAUAAUGCCUUCAUGAACGGGAUAUGUAAAGAAGGGAGGGUGGAUGAUGCUUUUAGAGUAUGUGAUAAUAUGAAUAGUGAAGGACUGGCAUUAGAUGAUAUUACCUAUACGACUUUGAUCCAUGAGUGUCCCUGAGGGCUGGUUGCAAAUUUCGGCAUGGAAAGUUUAUUGUUGACCAUGGGACAACAAUGAUACUUCUCUUUCUCAAAUACUGUACUGGUUGCUAAACAUCAGAGUUGCAUGCUUGCUUCUCACGCCUAGAAUGUCAGGUGCAUUUGAGCUUGAGAUUCCUGACUGAUCUGUUAGCCGCAACACGCUGAUGCUGCAGGAUGCGCAUGUGUGGGGGUUGUGAUGACUUUCUUGCAUCAUGAAGAUGAAUUGGGAGAGAACUUCUCCUGGAUGAAUAGAAGUGCCAUGUAUCACAAUCAAGUUCCUCACUUUUCUCUGCUAAAAACUGAGUUUGUUGAUGGACAAAUCUUGCACCAUUCAUCUGUUACUUGGUACGUAGAGAAGAUUUAUCAGAUAGAUUACUGUUUUCGUUAUCUGGCCAACGAGGUGGUAGAACAAUCCCCCUCCCCCUUUUUCUUGGUUGAGGGAAUUGGGAUUUUGAGGUAGGAAGAAAUAAGAAACUUCAAAGCAGGCAGUUGUUAGUUCUUCCAGAAAUACUAAAUUAGGUGUUUGUAAGAUGAUUCAUUCAUCAUGUCAUGUAAUGUCAAAGAAGGAAAUUAGAUAGAAAGAAAUAAAUAAAAAGUCAAGAAUGAGUGUGUCAGAUUGCUGAGAUUUUUGAGCUUCAACUCGGUUUUGAAACAUAAAUAAAUUUGGUACUGUUUUGUUA